UCAAUACAACCCAAACAGUGAUGAGCACCGGAGCCUCGAUGCCACCGCCGUUAAACUCAAAUGGGAAACCCAACAGAUUACUCAGCCACCCAGCAACAAAUCAUUCCCGAUAAAAACUUGGGCGAGAAACUCAUAUAUGCAUGCCCACAUGAUGUUUCCUAGUAACGUGUUUGGUUCUAAACAUUUGUCUUUAGUUAAACUGAAAGCAACCCCGAAUCUGAAUAUUACAUUGCAUCCAAGAACAAAACAAGUUGAAUGUGAAAAGUAAAGCUAUGGGCGCCCACUCUCUUUGAUGUGUUCUUACUCUUCAAAAGUGCAACCAAACACAUCAGUAAAGGUUGAUUCUUGCUUUGAAGAUUGAGAUCUUAUGGAGAGUAUAUGAAAUGGCCGAGUAGACUUGACCCGGCUGCAGGAACCCAGAAAGAUCGAGUUGAAAUUAUUGUAUGGCAGUAAUGGCACUCCAAGCCACUCUCCUCUUGGGCUUCCUUGUUGUUCAUGGCUGCGCUGUGACGAUUAGUGGUGCGAUUAACUCUAAGCAAUGUGAUAAUGCUUCCCUCAACCGGAGCAGUUUUCCGGCAGGAUUCGUAUUUGGGACAGCUUCUGCUGCUUACCAGUAUGAAGGUGCUGCAAAAGAAGGGGGUCGAGGACCAAGUAUAUGGGAUGCAUACACUCACAAGUAUCCAGAAAAGAUCUUUGACCACAGCAGCGGAGAUGUGGCCAUUGAUCAAUAUCAUCGCUAUAAGGAAGAUGUUCGUACUAUGAAGGACCUAGGUCUCGAUGCUUACAGACUCUCGUUCUCAUGGUCCAGAUUGUUACCGAAUGGGAAGCCAAUUGGGGGUGUCAGCAAGGAAGGAAUCAAAUAUUACAACAACCUCAUCAACGAGCUUCUAGCCAAUGGUGUGAAGCCUUUUGUCACAAUCUUUCAUUGGGAUCUUCCCCAAGCAUUAGAAGAUGAAUAUGGUGGCUUCUUAAGUCCGAAAAUUGUGAACCAUUUUCAGGACUAUGCAGAGCUCUGCUUUAAAGAAUUCGGUGAUAGGGUUAAGCAUUGGAUCACCUUAAAUGAGCCCCAUAGCUAUAGCCGUAAUGGUUAUGCAACCGGAAAGUUUGCACCAGGUCGAUGUUCUGCUUGGCAAAAACGAAAUUGCACUGGUGGGGAUUCAGGGACCGAGCCAUACUUAGUGUCACAUUACCAACUUCUAGCUCAUGCAGCUGCUGUACAGUUGUAUAGGCAGAAGUAUCAGGCAAAACAGAAGGGCGUGAUAGGAAUAACAAUAAAUUCACACUGGUUUGUGCCAUAUUCUAAUUCAAAGCAAGACAAAGCUGCAGCAUUACGAGCAUUGGAAUUUAUGUAUGGAUGGUAUAUGGAUCCCAUGACAAAUGGUGAAUAUCCGAGUAGCAUGCGAUCUCUUGUAGGAAAUCGAUUGCCGAAGUUCACGAAAGAGCAAUCGAAGAUGCUGAAAGGUUCAUUUGAUUUUCUUGGCUUAAAUUACUACACAGGUAAUUAUGCAGCCAAUAUACCGUUUCGUAAUGUUAAAGAACCAAGCUACUCGACAGACUCUCUUGCUAAUGUUACAGCCGUGCGUAAUGGUAUUCCAAUUGGUCGACCGGCUGCUUCAGAUUGGCUUCAUUUUUAUCCACAAGGUUUCAUAGAGAUUUUGCGUUACACAAAGAAAAAGUAUAACAAUCCUCUUAUAUACAUCACUGAAAAUGGAUGGGAUGACCGCAAUGAUCCAAAAUUAUCACUAGAGGAAGCCCUUGCGGAUAAACAUAGAAUCGAGUAUCACAGUUGCCAUCUUGAUGAACUUCAUAAAGCAAUUAAUGCUGGUGUUAAGGUGAAGGGGUACUUUGCAUGGUCAUUGCUUGAUAACUUUGAGUGGGCUGAUGGUUAUAGUUGUAGGUUUGGUAUCAAUCUUGUGGAUUACAAAAAUGGACUCAAAAGACACCCUAAACACUCUGCAUCUUGGUUCAAGCACUUUCUGCGAAAGUAG